UUUCCUUAUCAGUUUUGAUUUGGACAUUUCAAUGUAUUUCUUACAUUUCAAUUUUUACUCAACAAUUUUACAAAAUAAUCAUGGAAUCUGGACAGAAAAAGUAAGAAAUAUGUGUUUUAAAAUUAAUAAUUAAUAUAUGGUAUUUUUAGACUAUUUAAUGUUUAAAAAAAUAUGGUUAUUGUGUGAAUGAAAUUUAACACAAUCCAAGUUGAAAUGUGUUUGUAACAGACUUUUUAAGUUUUUACUCAUUUUGUAAUAGAUAAAUUACUUUUUUAUUAAUUUUCAAAAUUGAGUAAUAUAAUUUAUAAUACAUUAAUACCUAAACAAAUUUCUUUGCAACUCCUUAUAAUAUAAUAAUGUUUUAUAUUAAAGAGAGCAUAAUUUUUAACAAUUAUUAUACAGAUAAUGAUUAUCUUUGACAUAUUAAUUUUCAUUUUUAGGUAUGGAUUAAUUGUCCCUAAACAGAAACUAGAUAGUGUAAGGAAAACAAACAAUGUAUUUGGUGACGAUAGUGAUAGCGGUGAUGAAGCAAUACAUAAAAAACCUAUUGAGGUAUGUAGAAUAAAUUUAAUUUAAUUGUUCAACUUAUAAUAUCUAAAUAUCAUUUUUUUUUUCAUUUAACAUAUUUAAAUUUAAUUCCAUUUUAUAACCUGUAUUAUAAAGUGGACUAACUUUCCAUUAUUUAUAAGUAUAUAGAGUGUGAGAAUGGUAUACAUGUAUACAUUUAAUAUAUGAAUGUAGAUCUGAAAUCUAAAAAGACCAGGAUUUCUUUUCAUUCAAAAAUUAUAACACACCAUAAAUACCUAGUUUUUUUUUUAAAUAUUAUAACUAGUUAAAAUCACUUUGUCUUCAUUAUCUUAAAAAUUACCCUUAUCAGUUUUCAACAACAUUAAAGUAUAAUUUUAAAAUGGGCACAUAAUAUUUAGUACUUUUAUAUAAUAAACAAUAUUUAUUCAUAUUAGUCAUAGUCAAAACUAAAUGUUGCAAUUAGACGAGGCCAAACGAUAAAUAUUUUAUUUUAAUAUGUCCUUGGCAAGUUUCUAAAGAGCUUUAUUCGAUUUGCAUAAACAAUUAUUCACCAGCAUUUUGUUUGUUUAAUUAUAUUAUACCCAUUUUAUAUGACUUUUUUUAAAUCAUUCUAAGAUAAUUUUAAAUUAGAUACACCACAGUAAAGUUUUAUUAAAAUAAAAUAAAAGCAUGAUAAUUAUUUGCAUGUUCUCUUUCUUCUAGGAUUCUAAAUCUCUCUCUCUAUAUAUAUAUAUAUAUAUAUAUAUAUAUAUAUAUUGUAUUUACUUAAAUUUAUAUUUAUUGUAAAUAUCAGUAGGUAUUUGGAAAAGACGAUGCAUAAUUUUACUACAAAAUAGAUGAAAUCUAUUAAUCUUAUUGUGGUUUCAGAUAAUAAUUUAUUGAAUUUCAAGAAACAUAUUUACAUAUUAUGUAAAAUGUUUAUAAUUUGUUUCAAAAUAAACAAGAAUUUUUUUCAUACACCAACUUUGUAUUUUGAGAAACUAACAACAAAUCCAUUAUAAUUAAAUUACUUUUUUUUUUUAUAUGACUUUAUUGUGCACCUAUUUAAUAUUUUAAAGAUCAUACAUCAGAAAAAACUGGUUAUACGUCACAGCCAAAUUAAUCUAGUUUAUUUUUUGUUAUGGAUAAACUUAUGUUUUUAAAACCAAUUUAAGACCAGUAACCAAACUAAAGCUCAACAAAGGAGUAACAAAGUAUUAAUAAAUAAGGCUCUUGAAGAAGAUGCUACUGUAUUUCAAUAUGAUGAAGUAUUUGAUGACAUGAAAAAAAAAAAGGAAUUGCUGGAUGGGAAUAAGACAAAAGCUGACAAAAAAGUAAUAUAAACUAUUAAUUUAUGUUAUGAAUAUUUAAUAAAUAUUAAUUGCAUUUUUAGCCAAGAUAUAUACAGAAUUUAAUAAUUCAAGCUGACAAGCGUAAAAUUGAAUAUGAACGAAGAAAUGAAAGGUUAAUUCAAAAAGAAAGAGAAACUGAAGGAAAUGAAUUUGAGGAUAAAGAAGCGUUUAUUACUUCCUCUUAUAAAAAAAAACUAGAGGAGUUAAAAAAACUUGAUGAAGAAGAUCUGAAGUUCUCUAUGAUUGAAGAAAUAAAUGAUGUAACUAAACAAAAAGAUAUGGGAAGUUUUUACAGACAUUUAUACAAAUCCGAAUUUUCAAAUAAUAAAAACGAUGAUAAAAUAAACGAAGUAAAUAAAGUAAGUAGAAAAAGUGAUGUGACCCGUCAUUACAGAAAACGUGAAUCAUCAAAUAGUUCGGAAGAUCAUAAUGAAAAUGAUGAUAAGGAUACAGACAUUUCUGACGAUUCUGAAUCAUCAGGCCAUUCUUCAACAAAACGUAAGAAAAUUGAAAAUCGUGAGACGACUUCAGAAGAAAAAACUACGAACAAUUCAAAAGAGGGAAAUUUGGGAGAAAAACCAUUAAUCAUAGAAAACCCUCAGGCAAACUUAGAAGAUAAAACAUCAAAUGACGAAAAUGAUUUAAAAGAACACAAGGAUAAGGAUAGAUCUGUUAACAAAAAAAUAGAGGAAAAAGAUAGUAAGCCAAAAGAAAUAGUACCUAAAGUAAAUAUUUGGGAAAAAAGAACAGUAGGUGAUGUUUAUGAAUCAGCACGUCAGAGAUAUUUAGAAAGAAAAAUGAAAAAAAAUAAUUUAUACAAUCGCUAGUAUU